ACCUGUUUCCUCCUUCAGCCCUCUGCUAUAAAUUCUCCUCCCUCAAAGAUUUAUCCAGCAUUCUCCCACAGCUACAGCAGAAAAUGCGCUUCUUCCCUAUCUGAGCUUCGAGAAAGAUUUCACCUUCUGAGAAGAAGUCUCGGGCUUUCCCAGAGGACUUGAAGGGCCUUCCCCGAACCAGCCACACUAAUUUCUGCGGCAAGAAGGUUCCCUUCUCUUUUACAACUUCACAUUGGGGAAAUGACUUUCUCUUCAGCUUUUCCAUUUCCCCUAACUUUGAGCAAGUGAAGAGAAAUCAAUCUGAUUAUCCAGUAGGCCAGAAGGCGGAGGCCCGUGCUUCCCAGUGUAAACUCUGGUUCCACGCGAGUUGCUGUGUGUAUACCUUACUUGCUGAGAAGAGGCACGUUGGGGAGCUGCUCAACAGACCAGCCCACCGUGCAGUUUCUGAGCCGGCGAGUGAGCUCGGCGCCUCCUCCCUCCUUCUGGCGGGAAAUGAAGUCCUGCAAGCCCAGUAACCCCGCGACCGGGGCGCGUGCCGCGCCCCCGUGCGCUGGCGGCACGGAGUGCGCGGGCACUUGCGCCGGGGCUGGCCGGCUGGAGAGCGCGGCGCGCAGACGCCUGGCGGCCAAUGCGCGUGAGCGCCGCCGCAUGCAGGGGCUCAACACUGCCUUCGAUCGCCUGCGCAGGGUGGUACCUCAGUGGGGCCAGGAUAAAAAGCUGUCCAAGUAUGAGACCCUGCAGAUGGCGCUGAGUUACAUCAUGGCUCUGACGCGUAUCCUGGCUGAGGCCGAGCGAUUCGGCUCAGAGCGGGACUGGGUCAAUCUCCACUGUGAGCACUUCGGCCGCGACCACUACCUCCCGUUUGCGGGCGCGAAACUGCCAGGCGAGAGCGAGCCCUAUGGCCAGAGGCUCUUCGGGUUCCAGCCAGAACCCUUCCAGAUGGCCAGUUAGGGCGCGCGGCCCAGCUGGGGAUGUGGGGGCGAGGAAUGCCCAGGGAUCCAGCUUCGGAGCCGCACCCCUUUUCCCAGCGUCUGCAGGGGCUUUCGGUGGCCAAGGAUGCUUUCUUAGAAAAUUAGCAAACUUUCAGGUUACUUUUAUUCGCAUCACUAGUCUAUGGACAAAAUGAUAUUACUGUCUGUCUUUUUCCCUUCUUAUCAGUAUUUUCAGAAUUCAUUGAUGGAUCUUAUGAAUGGUUUUGAUUGCUGUGAAAAUAAUUCCCCUUCUCCCUUUUCUGGACUAGUUUGAGGGAAAACAGUCAUAAGAAAAGAUAGAAUUAGGCUAUACUGCAGUUUUAGUCCUCAGAGAAAUAAUCACUUGCUUAAACUUUGUAAGUUUGUCCUAUUCAGGCGAAGUUACAGGAUCCAUUCCUUGUGUAUAGUAAAUCAGAGCUACCUUCGUGUCUUGUAAAUGCAUUUAUGCUUAGUGCAUUGUGUGUGCAUGCAUGAAGUAGUCAGACUUUUUCCUGUAGAGUACAUGGGCAUGGAUGCUCUGUAUUUUUAAAAACUGUAUACAUUGUUCAAAUAUAGAUUUUGUAAAAUAUAGAUAAAAACUUGAGUUUGUUUUUUGUGCCAGGUCCCCUGCUAGUUUCUUGAUGGCAUAAAGGCCUAAUUGGGGGUGAUGAUAUUGAGUGCUUCCCUGAGCAAAGAAUGUUUAAAUCUAAUCACGCCAGUGG